UGGGGAGUCCUAAUCCGAAAAGCACCUAGAGAAAAAGAAGAAUUGAUACUAAAAAAAAAACAGAAAUUCACAAUUUUUCAUACACUAAUAUAUAUUAUUCAAUAUGUAAUAUAUAUUAUAUUAUAUGUGCAAUCCAAGCCCCGCAAACUUCGAAAAAAUUGUCGGGCUAUUUAAUGAUUCACAUUAACGCUCAAAGGAGCUCUAGAGCAAGUAAUUAGCAGCAAGCCGAAAAAUUACACAAUACCUGUAAUUUCGUUUCGCUACCAAGUGGAUUAGGAUAAACGAAAUACCGUUUUUUCCGGAGUAAACUCUUGAUGUCAAAAUACUUGUUGUCUCUGAGUGUUGCUCUGGUGUUGGGAAAUAGGCAGAGAAAGCCCAAGAUAUGACAGCUGAGAAUUGCAAAAUUCACCAUGGCUGUGAUAAUACUGAUAGGGGUCAACGAACUAAUUUCACGGAGCAGAAUAAUAUUGUCACGGAACGGAAGGAAAGUUAUGACAGCAGCGUUUUCGUAUGCUCACUACUUAACGCUGCGAAUGGUUAACCGUUAAACACUGGACGAUAAAUUUCAAAAUGAGUAUAACAGGACAGUUGCGAAAAUAUGGCGCAACGAGUGGGAAGCAAAAUUUUUGGGUGCUUGUUCUUCACUUUUUUCACGGGGGGGAGGUCAUUCCAGUCCUCCUACGAGAAUAGAAAUUCUGAGAUGGCAAAAAUACUUCAUAGACCGUUACGCACUGUUUCUUUUCCAGAGGGAAGCACAAUGGGACUCUUUUUCGCCCUGGCAGUUCCACUUCCCGAUCCAGACAAGUCGAUUUCACUCUCAUAUUUUUUCGAAGCUACGUACAACCUCCCCAAUUCCACGAUUCUUGAGCCAUGGACCGAGAGCAAACGUAAAAAACGAGGAAUCGAUAGAGCGCAAAUUUACGGAACACUUGCAAAUAAAUUCGAGAGCCUCGGAUACAAUGGAAGGGGUUGCCUCCUGCGAUCCAUUUGCGAAACUUCAGAAUUCAAUUUAGAAGAUAAUGGAGUUCUUGGCGAUAUGAUAAAUAUUAUUUUCACGCCGUCGACUUCUCAACCCGAGGAUCUACCGCAGGACAUUGGCGAGGCCGAAACGAUAGGACACAGUGGCACCUGUUCGAAAUAUCAUUCCAUCUGUCCCGUGGGGCUAUUCAACUUGAUUGGAAUUCUCGUGUAAAAUUCAGGACCAAUUGGUACGGCCGACAACAGACACACGACAUCUUCAAUAUACCAAUUGACA